GUGUUACAUUCUCUUUGCGUUUUGACUCCUAGAAAUAAAGCUAAAAUAUUCUUUUGCUUAUAUUAUUAUACAAAUCUUUACUAUGUUUUAGUUCAAUGACUUUAUAUUAGUGCUUUAUUUGCAAGAGAUUUGUUUCAUUAUAUUUUAACAUACAGUGAUAAUGGGAAGUAACACCAGUAAAUCUAUCAGCGAGACAGCUGUUCAUGAACAAAAAAACGAUUUGGACAUCGACACUAAUCCUGAUCCUCGAUCGCCGACUCCUGAAAUAACUCGGACGCCAUUACAGAACAAGAAUAAUUCUAAACAUAACAUAACAAAAAAUGUAGACUUAAGAAAGACUUUUGAAAAUGGACAAGUAGAUGAGAAACUUAUUCACAAUAAUCCCAUUCUAACAGCAGUCAUCAAAAAUCAUUUGCAGUCUUAUGACCCUCGGUCUCCAACACAAGAUUUUGAACGAACUCCAAUAGUUUUACCUACAAUUGAUGAAAAUGGAAUUAAGAAGAAAACAUCAAGACUUCAAAAUAACAACAGCUAUGCAAGUCCAUGUUUGAAAAAAGAUCCCAAUGAUGAUUUUGAGACAUCAGAUAGUACAAUAAACUUAAGUCCAGAUUUAGUAGUAGCCAAAAAUUUAUGUGAUGGCUUCUAUGAUCUUUCUCUUAAUGAAACGCUUGAUGAAAAUGAAGAACCUUUGGGAUCAUCUACCACAUCUAAUAAGUGCAUUGAGGAUAAAUUAAGUCCUGAUAGAACUGAUCAGCCCAAAGUAUUAUUAGAAACAAAUUUUGACUAUGUAGAUUUGAAAAAUGAUGAUAUUGAAGAUAGUAAGUUAUCCUACACUAAUGGAGAAAUAGAAGAAUUCAAGAUAUUAAAAAAUGAUCCUAGAUCACCAUCUGUUGAUAUCAAGAGAACUCCGAUAGUUGUGACAAUGACUGAAGGCAAUGAUAGCCAAGAUAAUGUUGAAGAGAUGUCUGAUGACACUCUCAUUAAGGUUUUACAAAGUACAAGUGAACAGACACAUGUGGGUGCUAACAAUGUGGAUGGUGUACUGAUUUAUGAAGAUGAAUCUGCUGUUAUUACUACUCCUAAGAAAACGAGGCCUAUUCAUAGCUUAGGUUCUCGGACCCCUUUAUCUUGUAUGAAGAACACUACAGAUGCAUCUCACACACGGUCAAAAUCAGCUAACAAUUUGGAAAAAAAGAAAGAAUUAACAAAAACUGCAUCACAUUUGAAAUAUGUUUCUCACAUUCCAAGGCUUAAGUCCUUGUCCAAACAAAUUACAUCAGGAAGUUUGGUAUCAUUGAAAAAUACUUCUAAAAGUUCAUCCGUCAGUGGUGACUGUGAAAAUACACCACCACAUUCUCAUAGAGACAGAUGGGAUAAGGACAAUAGUAUUGUACUUUAGUCUCCAUCAUUAUGGCUAAUAGGUUUUCAUGGUCUCUAUUUUCUGUGUUUCCUAUUUCUCAAAGGAACGGUUUCUGUAAUUUUAUCCACUAAUCGUAGCUUACUACUAGGAUAUUUAGU